UAAACAGGCUACCAGGCAACGGCGUAGAUGGAUCAUAGGCGCAGGCGUUCGUUGUCUUAGAAAUUGAAGCUCGCGGAGGUCCUGGAAAAUGAUGGGUUAGUAAUUCAAGUUUCUAAGUCAUUAUUUCCAUGCCUCGAUAAUUGCUUUUUUUUUCAUCAUCAAUGUGAAAGCCAAAGGGAAAGUACGAAUACAGCAGACCAUCGCUGAACAGACUGAACAUUACAAAGUAACAAAUUUGUCAAAAUUGGGUAGGCCCAAAGUGUCUGUGUACUGUGACUGUAUUUUACAAAGUAACAUGCUAAAGAAAAUUCUGUAAAUGCAAAGAAGAGACGCCAUGUUUUUUCUCAUGGCCGCAAUCUUGGUUGACACGGCCAGUUAAUACUCAGUACUGUCACUAAACCUAACUAAACUAAAUCAACAAAUCUGUAUCCAUAAAACUGCCUAAUCCUAACCUGAACCCUAAAUGAUUCCCUCAACCGGUAAUCUUGCAGUUCAGGUGCAUAUAUUAUUUCUGAUUGAAUUUUGUGCUAUAGCAUGUAAUUUUAGGUGUAUUCUUAAUUAAAUUAAUAAUACAGGCAGUGAUUUUUCUUAAAACUAGCCAAUAUUAUUAAUAUAGCCUACACGGCAUCACUCGUGAUGGCAUUCGGAAAUGAAAAUCUUUAAUUUAAUAUCCCUUUGACAAACAUCUAAAUUAUGGGGCCUGUGAAAAAAACAGGGAAAUGGAAAAUUGCAAUCUGGGAUGUAUUGUGAAUUUUAAAAAAAAACAAGAAAAUGAAUAGAUCGUUUACGCUACCAGCUGUGUACCAAUGGAGGCUGUAAAAAUCAAUAAAAAGAAAAGUUAGUGCUGUACAAUUUAGUGUUAGUGUUAACUAAUACUGUCUGAAUUAAAUUUUAUAAAGAGUACACCUAAGUUUACAGGCAAUAAUACGAAAUUUGAUGAGAAAUAAUUAUACGCACUUGAGCUGCACGAUUACCCCUAAACCUAACCUGAACCCUAAUUCACAGCAACUUUAAUAAACAGGCAAUUGACGUCAUGGCAUCUCUUCUUUGCAUUAACCAAAAAUUCAAAAUUGGUCAAUUUACAUUCUCUCGUUCUCCUUGCCACACUGAGUUUCUAAGGAUUAUCUCCCCUCUGAUUAGUCGCAGAUUUUUUACUAGAGUUAACUGCUUUUUUUUUUUAAAUAAUACUACUAAUUAAUACUAAUACACUGAUGAAAUAUGUUUGAUUGAUGGCAUUUUUUAAUUAACAUUUCUCUCGUUCUCCUUGCCACACUGAGUUUCUAAGGAUUAUCUCCCCUCUGAUUAGUCGCAGAUUUUUUACUAGAGUUAACUGCUUUUUUUUUUUUAAAUAAUACUACUAAUUAAUACUAAUACACUGAUGAAAUAUGUUUGAUUGAUGGCAUUUUUUAAUUAACAUUUCUUAGGAAAAUUAAUUAUAAUAUUUUGAAAUGAGGCUAUUUUUCUGCAGCCUCUCUGAUCAUUUUGAAACAUGGAUUUAGGAUUUUUGAAAGUACUCUGCACAGUCUACCGCUCAUGUCCUAAAAUUUAAAAAAAAACUUGUUCUGCAAUAUGGUGUAUCUUUAGAACAUUGCAUACAACAUCAAAUUAAGUGACAUGUGUCUCUUAAAUAAUUGCUUUCCUCAUCAGUGAUGUAUCAGUUUUUGUGUUCUGGUGCAUCUAUAACAUUUAUGCUAAAUUACAUGUGGGGUUUUUUGUGUCACGAAAAGGAUUAUCAUAUCGAUUCAGUAAGCGUAUAUCACAUACAUACCUUUUUUGUUAUUUAUUCCUUAAAAAUAAGAUUUAGUACCUUAGAAACUACAUUCAUUCUCAAAUUUGAACAUAUUUAAGUUAUUAAAAAUUACCAAGUAAAUUAAAAGUUAUGCAAAUCUGAAGUUAAUUUUAUUCGAUCAAGAUGCCGGUAAUGGCUAUUAUUACUGUUGAUUAUGAUAUGAUAGCAGUCAUAAUAAUUGUUAUUCUCUUAUAAAUGACUACUCAUAUGGGAGAAUAUUAAUAAAAUUAUGCCUAAAAUAACAGUUAUUUAUCUUAAUCUUAGACUUAGUCUAGUCUAGUGCUAUUAUUGUGUCUAUAAAUAUAUUACAUAAUGACAAUAAAAAAUAAAUGUAAUUAUUGUAAAAUUAUUAACACAAGUCUUGUUUAAAAUUUGGUAAUAUAUAACUUAACCUAUAAAACCUUUAUUAAAAGACAUCAAAUAAAUAAAUAAGACUCCAACAAGAUCAUCAUAGUAAAUAUAAUUUUAUUAGGACAUAGAAAAGCAGUUAACAAAGACAAUUGUUUUAUAUAUCAAAUGACAGCACAUUAAUUUUUUGUUUGUAAAAAGACAUGUUAUAAAUAGGCUUCUUAAAAAGAUGUUAUUUCUAGGCUUCUUCAGGUACAAGAGAAAUUUUAAUUUUCUACUAAAGAUCUUUGUGGAAUUCCUUCCACUUCCAUUGACAAUGAGGCACAUAUGAACAAGGAUGGCAUAGACAAAGUCUAUGAAGGAGAGUUUUUAGGAUUCAUCAACAAGACCAAGAAGUCUGUAGGGGAUUGGACAUAGAACAUGUCAGGCAGAUCAUCCCCAUCCUCUUUUAAAAUUUAAUCACAUUCCGGUACAUUCAUAUUCAUGUCUCUUUGGUGAUUUUAGUAGUUUUUAUUUAUAAUUUCAUGCAUUUAAUUUUAUAUUAAAAAGACUUCUUCCCACCAUUCAUAAAUAUAAUAAUUUAUUUAAAAUAUAACUGAAUCAUAUAUUUAAUUAAAAUAUAAUUAACAUAUUACUUUUGUGUUUUUUUUGCCUUCACAAAUUAUAAUUUUCCCAAUUUUUCUGUAUAUCAUUUUUUUUUUAAACAUACCUGCAAAUAAAACUAUCCAAAAUAGAAAGUGUUGAUGUAAUGUAAAAGUUUUGUUGUUCUUUGUGUUGUAUAUUAGAUCCUAAAAAUUUGGUGCAAUCAUUUUUAAAAAUAAAAUGUUAUGUGUAAAAUGUAGAAAUUGGAAAUUUGGGUCACAAUUUUUUGGGGGUAAAAUAUAUAGAUUAUAUAAGUAGCUUAAAAAAUUCCCCCAAAAAAUCAUAACUCCACUUCUAUGAAAGAUAGAAAGAUGAAAUUGCUCAUUUUGGAAAGCUUAUAGUUUUAUAGCCAGUCCUUUAACAUGAUUUAUCUUUAAUGGCAGUCAGACAAUAUACAUAUUUUUGUCAAAGUACCUACAUGGAUUUUGACUUUUCUUGCAUCUUUUGGACUUAUAUAAAGUAUUAAGUGUGUAAAAAUGUAUUGGCUGAAAGAUUAAGUUGGAUUUUCAUUAUUUUGAAUAUUUAAAAAUAAUUUUCACUUUUUUAGUCAAAUUUAUAAUUUUCUCAGUGCAGUGUGUUUUGGGUUCACAUUAGGGGUUAGAAUGUUCAAAUAAAAUAAUAACAAAUAGGUCUCAAUUAUUUAUAAAUGCUUAUUAGAAAGCUUUUUAAAAAAUGCUCUUAUUGAUUGCCUAUGAUUCUCUUAACACAGCAAUUGAGAUAGUUGUCCCUAGGCAACUGUUUCAUCUCAGCUGCUUCGUAAAUUAGUUGCAAAGUAGAAACCUACUGUAGAAAUCCCUAAAUGAUGGUUUCUGAUGCUUACCCGGGAUGGGCAGGGGAAGAUUUUAGGACAGAAUUAUACCAUCCCAACUCCUGGGAAAGUCGAGUGCUGACACUUUGAGAGCAGGCUUAUCGGCCGACUGGAUGUUCUUGGGAUGGGGUGGCCUCUGUUGGUACCCGAUCAAGUGGGUGCUGGCUGGGGAUGUACUGGCAAAGGGAGAUCUCCAAUAUGCCACUUCACAGCCCGAUACUUGAGCUUGGAUCGGGCUUGGCGGAAGGGGGUGCUUUGGGGAGGGCAUAAAGAGCUUGGUACUAGCUCGACAACCCGCUGAUGCCAUUUUCUAAUGUACAAUUUCAAUGCUCUUUUUUAAAUUUUCUCAUCAGGCUUUCGCAACUCUAUGCAGCUAGACAAGGCAAAAAUGCAGGAGCGAACUAAAUCAAAAUCAUCCCGCUCAACUGACAAAUCAGUCAAGGGUGGAGACAAAAAAGGGCAGGACAAAGGCUCCAAGAAAAAGCAGACUUCAAAAAAGGCAAACAAGUUUGCUCAGCAUUUUUACAUACAAGGCACAAAGGUAGAAACUUAAAGGUUAUUAAGAGCUAUUCAUAUUUGUAUUGUGUACUGAGAAAGAUUAUAUGAACUAAAUGACCCAUGGUGUAUAGAUUGAAGAGUUCACUGUAAUUAAUUUUGUAAUGACACAUUUAUUUUACCACAGAACACAAUUUACAUCAAUAUGAUGAGCAUUAGCUGUAGCUUAUUCUACUUAUUGCCUAGGUCUGUUUGGAACUCAACAACAAAGGGUAUCGAGAAAUCCCGGAAGGAAUAUUUGACCUAGACCUCACUUGCUUGUUUUUAAUUAAUAAUGACAUCGAUCGCCUGCCAGAUAGUUUCAUUCAACUUACAAAUUUAGAAGCCCUGGUCCUCACAGGGAACAACAUCCAUGUGGUCAAUAGACACAUUUUUAAUCUUCCUAAGCUUCAGGUAUGGAGUGAAGUUUUCAUUAUCAUUUUAUUCUAGAUAUAAUAUUUUAAAACUUAAAUUAUCCCACUGUAAUUUUUGUAAAAUAUCAAUUUUUUUUUUUUUUUUUUUUUUUUUUUUUUUUUUUUUUUUUUUUUUUUUUUUUUUUUUAAAAUAUUUAUUUUUUUUUUUUUUUUUUUUUUUUUUUUUUUGCUUUAUUUGUCAAUAUUUAUGUUUGAAAUACAUGAUAACCACAAUAAAGAUCACAUAGCUUCUAUAGUUUGCUGCCUCUGGGACAGGGAGAAGAAAACUGAAUGGCACAACAAAAUAAAUAGAAAGCUAGCAUCACAAAUGUGUCCCGGUUAAGAGUGAAGUUGGUGAGGUUGUCUCAAGACUGAAUAUCAGACUAUUUCCAACAAACACCACCACCAUUUGAGUGGAACAUGUGGGACCUUAAAUAUGGAUGGGUGUUGGCUUUAUUGAUCAGCUAGAUUUUAGUCAAAUUUUGCAAAUGUAAUGAACACAAAAGAAAAUAAUGGUGCUUUUGUUAACUUUUAUGGGGGGGGGGGGGCAGAAAAUGCAAGCACUGAAUUACAAUUAUUAACUAUGUAUACCAUAUUGAUUGCAUUGUUUUUUGAUGCUCGUGACUUGUAAUAUUUCUAAAUUUUUUAACACAAAGUGGCAAAGGACAUUUAAAUCAAAAUUAAAUAUUUUUUUAAACAGGUUUUGGAUUUAUCAAACAAUGAGAUUUCCACCAUAUCCUCUGAGAUAUCCGGCCUUAAAUCCUUAACUCAAUUACUCCUCAACGGCAAUCGUUUAGAGAGUCUUCCAUCUACAAUUGGGGACAUGACUCAGCUACGAGUGCUUGGCCUAAAUGACAACAUUCUGACUUCAUUACCAGACAGCCUUUCCAAAUUGGAGCACUUGCAUGUAGGAAAAGAAGCAACAUAAAUAAAAAAUUUGUCACAGAUUAACUUCACAGAUAUGCCACACAGUGACUUAGAGUGUUUUUUAGAGACAUUUCCUAAAUUUGUAAAGAAGAAGAGUAUGACCAGAUUUUUUAGCAGAAAAUCAAAAAUAAAUUAAUUAAUAUUUACAAUAGUGAUGAAAAUAUCCAAAAAUGUCUUUAGACAGGGAUUCAGAACCUGUGGAUUGAAACUACAUAAUUUUAACAAUGGUUGCACUUUCUAUAAUUAGUAUUUUAAUUAUUACAUUAGUCAUAAAUUACAAUCUUAAUUAUGUAACAGUAUCCUUUAGUAUUAUCCAAAACAAGGCACAGUUUAUCUCUUUGGUUCAGUUCUUGGUGCUUUCUGUUUACAGCUUUACAUUUUUAACUAUAUCGUUGCUUUAAAGCUACUUGUAGUUGUUUUUUUAAAUUAGACCACAAGGUCACUCUACACAUGUAUAUAAGAAAAUAUUCCACUGUAUUAUUUUUUUUUAUUCACGUAAUUAUUUAGUGAUGAGCAGUGCUUGAAAUAAAUGUUUUAUCAUUUAUAGUUUUAUGCGUAUGUGAUGAAAUUUCUUAUAGUCUGGCUAUUUAUUAAACCACAGCUUCUUUAAAAAAAUUUCUAUGACUAAUUUACCACCAAUCAUUUCCAAAAGAUUUCCCUAUGGUUGCUACAUUAUAGUAUUAAAUAUUAAUUUUUAUUAAAACAUUCAUUUUAAAAUUUUUCUUUUACCUUAAAAAUUUGAAAUAAUUUUUCCUUUUUUAUAUUUUUACCUACAUUCAUUUGUCCUUUUUGUUUCAACAACUCAACUGUUGACAGAUUCUAGCCUUGGAAAGAAAUAUGCUGGAGUUUCUUAACCCAUCAGUUUGUAAAAUAGAAAGUCUUCGCCGCCUGGGUCUGUCUGGCAAUAAGAUGAGCAAUUUGCCUCAUGAGAUUGAAGGAAUGACAGACUUGCAGCAACUUCUUUUGGAUGACAAUCAAUUUGAAUUCAUCCCCAUUCAGGUGAAUGACAUGUUUGUGAGAUACGCACAUGAAACAUACUCUGCCCCAUUUAUUUUAAGUAACUUCUGUAUUUGAUCUGAGGUGUGCACCUUGUUGGGAUGUCUGCUUGGCCUUUUAUUUGUUAUUGUAGUCAGAAAAUGGCAAGGUUUGGAAUGGCCUGCACUUUCAGAGUAAUACGCUGCAAUACUUUCAAAUGAACUAACGAGUGAUGAGAAAGGUAGGGAUUGUUCAUAGACAUGCUACAAUAUUUUUGGCUGAUAUUUUUAGAGAACAUGCCAGCCACUGUUAUAAUUUGAAACAUUUUAAACUAACUUGAAACUUUAUCUUUAAAGAGUGAGCUUUUCUUUUUUGGCUAGAGAAAUGAGUCUUGAAUCUUCUGCAGAUCUUCUGGUUGCAUGAAUUAAUAGAGCUGUCCUUCUGUGGCAAUGGAAUAACACAGAUACAGCCAGAUAUCAAGAACAUGACAAAACUCAAAGUUCUAGGUUUGAGUAACAACAAGUUGACUGACCUUCCACACGAGCUGAUGCAGUUAACACAGAUUGAGUUGUUGGGUAAAUCUUUUCCUGUAAAACGGUUCAUGUGAUUUAUAUUUCUAUUGUCAUUGUUCCACUGUCCAUAAUUUUUUUUAGUCAUUGUGUAAGAUUUGAUCAAGAAAUUGUUCUACAUAAAUGGACAUAUUUAAUAUUGAUAAUGAUCAUUGAUGACUUGUAUAGUGCUUGUCUCCAUGCUUUUUUAGCAUGCUGACAGCGCUCUGAUGUCAUGAAAUCUAUUUAAAGAAAAAUUUCUUUAAAUAUCUCUUAAAUUAUUUUUAUCAUUUUUAAUGUCACCCAAAGAUGGAGACAAACUGUUACAUAAUUUUGGCUCUGUUGGUUCAAAAUACUGCACUCCGUGGGACUUCUUUCUGUGUCCAUCCACACUGGGAACUCUUGGUAUGGACUGUGAUGAAGAGCUCACUCCGUAUGACUUCUUUCUGUGUCCAUCCACACUGGGAACUCUCAGUAUGGACUGUGAUGAAGAGCUCACUCCGUAUGACUUCUUUCUGUGUCCAUCCACACUGGGAACUCUCAGUAUGGACUGUGAUGAAGAGCUCACUCCUUAUGACUUCUUUCUGUGUCCAUCCACACUGGGAACUCUCAGUAUGGACUGUGAUGAAGACUGCAGGUUCCUAAAGGAUACAUGUUUGCAAAUGUAGCAUAUAGCCUUCUUUAUAGCUGUAUGCCAGGGACAGAAUUUUGUGGUUAAUGCGCUCACUCAUCGGAAGCCAUUUAGAUCUUUAAGAACUGGGGUGAUGUGGUCAGAUUUCUUUAUCCUUGAUGCAAUUCAUGCUGCAUUAUUUUGUACCUUCUAGAGCCUCUGAAUUUGGUUUUUAGGUUUGGUUUUUAGGUAAACCCCACAGCCAACCGUUACAGUAAUCUAAUCUUGAUUGGAUUAGAGUGACUGCUAAGGCAUUGGCUGUUCUCUUAUUAAGUUGAGGACGCAUCUGACCAGGGUGAAUGUUGAUAUUUAAUUGAGAAUGGAAUUAUUGCAGAAUUUUGAAAAAGAUUAUUCACGGUCCAAGACAUCAGAUACUUUAUUCUUCAAACUACUUGUUUUAAUUAAGUCAACAAAAUAUCUUCUUUUUUUAAAUUUCAUUCUAAAAUGUCUGGUAUGUACUCCUAUCACUUGUGCGAUUGUUGUUAUCAAUAAUGUCCUGUUAAAGGACAGAACCAUCUUAUACUGAAGAUUUACAGUACCUGAUCAGUUAAGAUGACCUUUUUGGGGGGAGGGGGGGGGGUUGAUUGAGGUCUCUCCCCCAUAUCACCACGAAUUUUAGUUUAGCAUCAUUCUACACUUAGUUGGGGAUCAGAAGAAGAAAGGACCGUGGACAUUUAUUACGACUUUUAGAUAAACAUAAAUAAACUUUUCAAGACAUUUCACUUUCAAGUAAUGAUUAUUUGACAUUACCGGUAUGUGGAACAUCAUUUAGUAUCAAACCUAUUUUCUGGGUAUGAAACCAUUUAGCUGUUUAUGGAUUUUUUAUUAUUUUUCUUUUCUUUCUAUCUUUUUUAAAUAGAAAAAGCUUCAACACUUUUAAUUAUGACAUUCAUUUUAAAUUUAAGGAAAACUUAAACAUUUUUUUUUAAAGUAUAAAUUACUUUUUAAAAAAUUAAUUUUGGCCAAAAGGUAUAUUUGAAAGCUAUAAAUCACUGACUCAAAGGUUUUAAAUUGUGACCAUAUUUCCUCAGCCCUGGACAAUAACUGCCUCACAAGUCUGUCAGAAGACAUAGCAAACUUGUACUGCAUGAAGGAGUUGAACCUUGGCUCUAACUUCCUCACUGAACUUCCAGACAGUAUAAGCCUAUGCUGUAGUCUUGAGGUUAGUCUUAACUUAUAUAAUACUCAUUCAAAGAAAUUUAUUGCAGGAUACUGCAAAAACAAAAAAAAGCUUUGUGAAACCACGAUUGCAGUCAACGCUGAAUACUGUAAAGCACUCAAAUGAGCUUCAUAAAAAUUAGUAUUAAAAUAUUUCAAUGAAAUCCUGGAUAUUGCAAUGGUUCCACAUUAUUUCAUACAACUGCGUUCCUCCAAAGGUUUUGGGUUUAAGCAACACAAAUUAUCAAUAUGAAAACUGGGAUGUUACUUGCUGUAAAAAAAACAUGCAUUGUUUCUAAGACUAUCACUGGAACUGCUGAGAGAAAAAUCAUACAUUGUUUUCAGGACUAUGACUAGAACUGCUGAGAGGAAAACCAUGCAUUGUUUUCAGGACUAGAAGAACUGCGGAGAGGAAAACCGUGCAUUAUUUUCAGGACUAUGACUGGACCUGCUGAGAGAAAAAAUCAUGUUAAGCACCAAACUGCAAAUUCAAGAGUUAUAUCACUGUAAUAUAUUGCAAUCAAAGGACAAUUCAUUUUCAAUUAAAUUUAGUGGAAAUGGCCAGCAUGAAGUUAUGUACCUAUUGAGAUUAAAAUAGCUUUAAGUUUAAAAAUCAAUCAAACCAAAUGUGUAUGCUGGAAGUAAACAACCCAAAGGGUGUAUGGCUGAAGAAAAACAAAAAGGAAGGGUCCGUGCAACUGAAGUAAAGAACAUCUUUUGAGGAAAUUCAUGAAAAAGUGUUAUGGCUGAAAAAACUAGUAUGGCUUACGAUUCAAGUAAUUCACAGUUGAUUAGAUCACAUGCCUUAACUAAAGCAGGUUCGUGAGAUACAUCAAGAAAUAAUGCGUGUUAGCCAAAGGUAUUCAAUUAAAGGAUUUGAAAUGAUUAAAUGCUAGAAUUGAUUUAAAAUCAAAAGGCACCCUCAACAAAACAAAAAACACCUUUUUUAAAAAAAUCAAGCAACUCAUUCAAUCCUAGGGGGAGGAGGAGGAGAGAAAAGUGGGUGGGGGGGUAAAUUUAAAGACAAAAAUAGAAGUAGAAAAUGCAUAUAAAGGUCUUUACAAUGAUUUCAAAUGAAAUAUUCACUCUUGGCAUUUUUUGUUAGAGAUGAUACAGUGAAUUUUCCUGAAUUAUUAAGUAUUGUACCAAGGCACAGGUGUUAAAAAUUAACUUGCAUUGUCAAGUUCUUUAAAGUUAUUUCCUCAUAAAUGGUACAACUGUUUUAUAUAAACAAGAUUUUCAUCCUUCCCCCUCUUUCCUGCAAUGUAUUGACACUGUUAACAUUAUCCCUUGCUUUCUCUUUUCUUCAGUUUUAUUUCCUGCACAAAAUAGUUUUUUGUUUGUUUUUUCACAUUUUUUGUAGACUCUAAGUGUGGUCAACAACAAGCUGACAAAGCUUCCAAUAGAGUUGGGAACCCUACAAAAACUGCACACUCUAAUGAUUUCACAAAAUGAGUUCACAUCCAUCCCAGUUUGUGUGGGGGCACUCCAGGGCCUACAGGUGCUUCUUGCAGAAGACAAUCAAAUAGAAGAAGUCCCAGAGACAUUUGCAGGACUCUCUCACCUCAAGCACUUUAACCUAAGCGUCAAUCGAAUCAGCAGCUUUCCACUUGCCAUUUGCAAGGUAAGAAAAUUUUAAUGAAAUAAUCGGGUGAUGAUUUUCUCGAGACAUACCAAAAUGCAUCAAAAUAACAUCUCAAUAUAUCAAUUCAAAACUAUCGUAUGGGGAGUUAACCAAUGUGCCAAUUAUUAUGCAUCUCUGUUUACAGGCAGCUUCCAUCAAGGAAGUAUUUUCAGGCCGCUCUGAAGUUACUGACUAAAUAUGUCUCAGUCAACAAGUAAUUAAAGCUAGUUGGGGGUGGUCCAUAUAGUAUUUCAUGCUCGGGAAGCAGGAGGGCACUUAAGAAAGUCUGACAGUUUUUUUAUGGGGGUUGGGGGGGGGUUUUUUGGGGGGGGGGGGGGGGGGGGGGGGGGGAAUGGGAAUAAACAUAAAAUGUGACAUCACACAUGUUUUUUAAAACAUACAUUUAAAACCUGAAAUUUAAUGUGAUGGAUGUAUUCUGACAGAAGAUGUCACUUUUAUAAAUAUGAGAGUUAAAUUGUGAAUUAUUUUUUAGAUUAAAUUUUAAUUAGUUGUCAAUUUUUAGUUUGAAACCAUGGGGGGUGGGGAUCCAAAAUUUGUGACAGUUUGUAACAGGGGAGGUAAAAAAAGAAAAGUGUUAAAAAAAUUGUGUGACAUACAUUAUGGAUAACCCCUUACCUAAGAGCAACUAGCCACUAAAUGAGUUCACUUUUGUCCCAUUGAAGCCGUUAUCCAACUGAUUGUCAGAACUUUCAGAAAACAAUUCAUGAAACAGUAGUGACAAAUAUUUGAAUCUGACCACUUGAAUGUCAAAGGGUAUAUAAUUUUUUUUGUCAGAACUUUCAGAAAACAAUUCAUGAAACAGUAGUGACAAAUAUUUGAAUCUGACCACUUGAAUGUCAAAGGGUAUAUAAAUUUUUUUUUAAAUAUAAUUUAUUUUGAAUUGUAGAACACUCACAAACAUAUCCUUCUACUGCGACUCUAAUAAAGCAUUAUUAAUAAUAAACUCUGUCUCCAGGUUCGAUCAUUGGAAGUUUUAGAUGUGUCAUGUAAUAACCUACUGGCCAUACCAAAUGAAAUUAGUAAUUUACAGAAUUUACAGGUAAGAGCACAUAAAAAUAAUCAUUUUAAACCAGUUGCAACAGGUGUGUAUUUCAACCUUUAUUAUUCACAGCUAAGUAAAUUUUUUUUCUUUUUAUUUAUUUUUUUUUUUUAAUUGAGGUCCUAUAACAAAGUGAAUUAUUAUUAAACAUAAGUUAGAAUUGCUUAAAGAUAGAGGUUUCAAAAAAAAAGGAAAACCUCUAGUUAAUCUAUAACUGUAUGAAUUUUAGCCUUAAAAAGGACUGAUUGAUUCAUCUUUGAACAGGUACUGAAUUUAAAAGAAAAUCUCCUGAAAGAAAUCCCACCACAGUUGUACAGCUUAUCAAAACUGCGAGGACUUGACCUGUCUGAUAAUGCUCUGUCUGAUGUCCCCAUCAAUGUGUCCGAGAUGACCAGCCUGAAUGAGCUCAAUUUGUCCAACAACAAGUUUUUUGAGUUCCCGAAAGCAGUUUGUGCCGUCCCAAACCUGGUUACCCUCCGCUUCGAUCAACAGAACGGCAACCAGGUCCCAUGCUUGCCAGACGAGAUCGGAAACUUGCGCGUCAAAGAGCUGAUCAUCAGCCACAACACCCUGAGAACAUUCCCCAAGACUAUAAACGGAAUGAACAACCUAACCCACCUUUAUGCCGACCACAACGAGAUCUGGAUGCUGCCGGAUUCUAUAUGUGAGAUGCAGAAGCUACAGCUGCUGCAUCUCAACAACAAUCAAUUGACAACUCUGCCACGGGAUUUCGACCAGCUCAUUUUACUUCGAGAUUUACGUCUCUAUGACAACCAGCUUAAGGUCCCCCCUAUGGAUGUUUGUGUCAGUGGAGUUUUACAGCCUAUUGGACUUUUCUUAAGGAAAGCAUUUAAAAGAGAAGGUACCUUUUGUUUUCUUAAUACCUUUAUUUUAUUUUUUAAACAGAUAGAGAUUGGGAAGAAAGGUGGGGGUCUGGAUAAUGCUUUGUGGGUUACUGCAAGUGACUGUAGACAACUCAGUUUGGUUCUGUAGGAUGAUUCAAAGAAACUCAUUGUUGUGUUAGGAGAUUCAAGGUGCUGAUACCUAUGCAUUGUGGCUAUUUAGGGUUAUUCAAGUUUUGAAAAAAUGUGACGUACUUUUCAAGUCUAUGUUUUCUGCAAAAAGUUGCACCACUUAACAAACAACUCACAUAGGGGAUAGAUGAGAUCAAGUCUUCAAAUCAUUCAAUUCUUAAAUGAGAGCCAGCAGUGAUGUAGUUGCGCCAGGAUGCGCUGAGGAGCCACACUGGCACAUUUCUUAUAUGUUACCAGUUCCCACCCUGCUUUUCAAUAUGACAGUAAAAAUUUAGUGGGGGGUUUUUUAUUUGCUUUAGUUAAAACCAAAUUUAAAUUAAUGGUGUAAUAAUUCCCCCCUUAAAUUUCAUCUUGCUGUGUGUUUAUAAAUAUUGAGGCAUCUAUUAGUCAGUGAUACAUUUAUCAGUCAUUGAGGAAUCUGUUACUCAAUGAGCCAUUUGUUAGUGAGGCACUAUUAGUCAUGGAGGCAUCUAAUAGUAAGUGAGGCAUUUAUGAACCAGCAAGGCUUCUAUUAGUCAGUAAGGCAUAAAUUAGUCAGUGAGGCAUCUUUUAGUCAGUGAGGCAUCAAUUAGUCUGUGAGGCAUCUUUUAGUCAGUGAGGCAUCAAUUAGUCAGUGAGGCAUCUUUUAGUCAGUGAGGCAUCAAUUAGUCAGUGAGAUAUCUUUUAGUCAGUGAGCCAUUUAUUAGUGAGGCAUAUUAUAUUAGUAAAUGAGCCAUCUGUUAGUCAGUGAGGUAUCUAUUAUUCUGCAAGGCAUCUAUUAGUCAGUGAAGCAUCUAUUAGUCAGUGUAUUAUGUUAACCGAAUGCACUGAUUACUCAAGAUUAUUUUAAAACUCCAGGUUCACAAUUUCAAACACCAAUUUUGCAUAGCUUAACUUGUUAUCUACUAGUUUUGUGUUAUUGUGAUACAGUUGCUUAAGUGCCUCAUUGCUUUAUUAUUUUGAAAUGUCAUCCAUUUGGGGGCGGGGGGGGGGGGGGAUAAGGGGUUUGUUUGUUGGGAAGGGAGGGGGUGGGGGGGCUAUUCUCUUAAAACAUUUCUCAGUUUGCCAGUCAUUGUUACUUUUCUUUUUGGUCAAAACAUUAUAUCACAUAAAAUUGUCAUGUUAAAUAGUUGCAAAAUGUUUUGAUCAAUGUUUUAUCUUUCCUCAUCGUUUGAUUAAUGUUUAUCAUUUUCUCUUCAGAGCUUCUAAUGGAGCGAAUGUUUCACGCUAUCAAAGAAGAUCUUACAAAGUCCCAACUACGUUCCCUACUCAAAAAAUUAAAAGUUCCAGAAGAUCAUAUCAUGGAGCUGGAGUCCAGAUUCCCUGGUCGCGACCAGGUCCCAGAGAGAAUACUGGCCGGCCUUCGUCACUGGAAAGAAUAUUUUGGACCAAUGGCUACAAUAGACGAAUUAAUUAGAAUAACUCAUAUCAUUAAUUUUGAUAAUGUGGCCCUCAAGUUAAAAACCAUGAAAAUUUUUGCCCAGAGAUUGAGGCUGUGACCUCAAUUUUAUUAUUGCAUAAGCACAUGUUUAGGAUUGCGUUUUCAAUGACUCGUCUAAGAAAGGGGAAAAUUAAAGCAGUUUCUGCCACGCAAAAUGUUGCCUUAGUAUCAACUUGAUUUUUUAAUGAGUAUGUACCACAUUUAUAUUUAGCCUUUUCAAAAAACUUAAUAUUUCUCUUUAGGGGCUUGCACAAGGACUAUGACACUAAGAAAUAUGGCAGAUGCAUUCACAAAGGAGCUGGUUAAAAUCGAUACAAUUUUUACAUGAAUUUUUUUAUUUUUACAGACGUCAGGGUAAUUUGAAUACAAAUUUCAAUACGAGGCUAAGUUUUAUAAUCAAAAAUGAUUACUGCUCAUAUUUGGAUCCUUUUAAAAGUAACAUCUGUUGUAAAAACUAUUUCAUGGCAUAAAUUAAUAUAUUUUGCACUAAUUUACUGUUAAAUUAUUGGAGCUCUUUUUUACUACCUAUUGUGUCUGCAGUUCAUUUGUAUCUCUGUUAGUGAUAAAAAGCCAUACACAGAAACUGAAUCGAGGUUCAGUGCAGACACCAAUGUAAAAUACUCUAGCAAAAAAGAAUCACUGAUUUCCCCAGUAAACUUUUACUACAUUUAAAUUAAUUAUUUCUCUCUCAAAAGUCUAAGGUGGUAUAUAAUUAUGGUUUUACUUUUUGAUUUCUAGUUAUUUUUAAAUAGUCAUAGAAUUUUCAUUUGAUAAUAUUACAUUUAAAAUCAAUUAGACUAAAUAAUAUAAAAUAUUUUUUUUUGGUUUCUUUUGCAUUAGAGGCCCCAAAAAUAAUCAUCCAUAGGCAUAAAAAUAUUACAAACCACUUGUUUAAUUAACAAUUUUUUUGGGACAUGGGAAAUCACCAAAUAGAUAAAAAUCCCUUAUAUGAUCUAAUGUCUCCAAUAGUUUACACAUUUUUGUAUCUUGUCACGCCUCCCAAAUUAUAAAUAUGUAUUGUGUCUUCUGAUGUCUCCAAUAUUAUGUAGACUAACAAAGUCUUGUAUAAUCCAAUGUCUCCAAUAUUUAGACUAACAAAGUCUUAUAUCUUCCAAUGCCUCCAAUAUAUAGACUUACAAAGUAUUUUAUCUUCCAAUGUCUCCCAUAUGUAGACUAAAAAUGUCUUUCAUCUUUCAAUUCAUCAUAUAUGACGCACACAAAAGAGAAUUAAAUCCCCCCCCCCAACCCCAAAAAUUACACCCUAACAUUGCUAACUUUUUAAAAAAAUCUUUGACUAAAUGAAACAAAGAAAAACUGCAACUAAACCAUCACGUUCUUCUCCCUUUUAAAAGUCUAAUAUCAAACUCACUCAUAAAAACACACCACUUCUUGCACGGCCAACUACAUCUCAUAACAAAGAUGUCCAACCAGACAAAAACAGCAAAAAAUAAAGCCAGGACCAGUGUUUAGAGCCCAGAGAGCACAAGAUGGUUGCCUAGUUGCUCCAAGUUUUGCUUCCAAGGCUUAAUUACCCUGGCUAGAACUAUUUAAAACAGUAUAAUAUACAAAAAAUUAAUUUCAUCUUAACUCUAGCUUUGUUUUUUUAAGAAACACAUUGUACUCCCUUUACUGGGAAUUCCUUCACAAUUUGUUUUGUCAUUAACAAUACAUUAACAAUAAUUCAUUGCGUCUUCCUUUGGAAUAUGGAAAGUAAUGUUGUUUUAUAUUUUCUCAAGCGUUUAAAAGCUUUCAUGAAAAAAUACAGAAUUCAGCUGAAAAAUGGAAAUAAAUUCAUUGUGUGUGCUUAACAAAAUAAAAUAUUUCCACAAAAAGACUAAGAGGGUCCACUCAUCCAUCCUGCAGGAAGAUUUUAAUUUUUAAAAUAAUUUAUGACAUUAAUUUCCCUCAUAUAAUUUUACUUACCCUGUAUUGAAGUAUUUAUUUUUCUUUUUAAAAAAUUGAAACCCUUUAAUCUUGACAAACAGUAAAAAUGCUAAUAGGCCCACUCAGUUUCAAUUACCUUCUAAGCCUUACAAAACUGUAUUCCUUCAUCAAGGGAAGAUUAGAAUCUCUCACAAAUUCUUUCAAGUCUCAUCUGCAUGACGAAAUCAUCUAUUUUUAUACCGAAUAAAUCCUGACAAUAUG